UGAUUGGUCCUCUGGAGGAGAAGACGGCUAACAUCAUCGAGUUUCCUAGGUACCUAUUGGUGAAUGAUGCUGUCCUACUUGCGCGCGGGAACGGCGCGGGCGUUCGAACCUGCGUUUGGCGGCGUUUCCAUGGGGAUGAGGCCUGGCUGCCUGCUCAAGCUUAGGACUUGAUAAGACACCCGCCUGCAUUCGGGCUCUCUCCAGUCGUCAUCGUCUUCUCCUGUCCUCAGACAGGGUUGACCGACGAGGAAUUUGGAAGCCUUAGAGAGUUUAUAGAAACCUAUUCACAAAAAUGACAUCCUGGUUGUAUGAAUGUCUUUGUGAAGCUGAACUUGCACAGUAUUAUCCUCAUUUUACUGCCCUUGGCCUUCAAAAAAUAGAUGAAUUAGCCAAGGUUACAAUGAAAGACUACUCCAAAUUGGGAGUCCAUGACAUGAAAGACCGCAAACGUCUCUUUCAACUUAUCAGAAUCAUUAAGAUUAUGCAGGAAGAGGAUAAACUAGUCAGUAGUCCAGAGCACCUUCAGUACAUCAAGCCUCAGGAAUCCAGAUCUGGCCCUCGCAGGCAACUACAUUUUGAUUCUCCUGCUGACAACAAAGACAGAACUACCAGCAAUGAUGGGUUUGAAAUGUGCAACUUAACAGAUUUUUCUGCAAGUGAACAGAAGUCUAGUUACCUAAAAGUGCUGCAGCACAUGCUACCAGAAGAUUCCCAAUACCACACAAAAACAAGAAUCCUGAAUGCCACAGCUGCUGAUGCCCAUGUGCAAACAGAAACUAACACUUCACUCUUUUCAUCAAAUCAUUUUUCUCCAGUACUAGGGGAUUGUGAUAUUCCCAUCAUUCAAAGAGUCUCUCAUGUUUCAGGGUAUAAUUAUGGAAUCCCUCAUUCUUGUAUCAGACAUAACACCUCAGAGAAAGAGAAUCCUUGGACUGAGAUGGAGAAAAUAAGAGUUUGUGUUCGAAAGCGCCCUCUGGGCAUGAGGGAGGUACAUCGUGGAGAAAUUAAUAUUAUUACUGUAGAAGACAAAGAAACUCUACUUGUUCAUGAGAAGAAAGAAGCAGUUGACCUCACACAAUAUAUUCUGCAGCAUGUUUUUUAUUUUGAUGAAGUCUUUGGUGAGGCAUGCACCAAUUGGGAAGUAUACAUGAAGACUACUCACCCACUCAUUCAGCAUAUUUUCAAUGGAGGCAAUGCCACUUGCUUUGCAUAUGGACAAACAGGCGCUGGAAAGACCUACACCAUGAUAGGAAGUCAUCAGAACCCAGGACUGUAUGCUCUUGCUGCCAAAGAUAUCUUCAGGCACCUAGAAGUGUCCCAGUCAAGAAGGCACCUCUUUGUGUGGAUCAGCUUCUAUGAAAUCUACUGCGGACAGCUUUAUGACCUCCUAAACAGAAGAAAAAGGCUCUUCGCAAGAGAAGAUAGCAAGCACGUGGUACAGAUAGUGGGAUUGAAGGAGCUUCAGGUGGAUAGUGUGGACCUUCUCUUAGAGAUGAUCCUGAAAGGCAGCAAGGAGCGCAGCACUGGGGCCACUGGAGUUAAUGUAGACUCCUCCCGCUCCCAUGCUAUCAUCCAAAUUCAGAUCAAAGAUGCAGCCAAGAGGAUAUUUGGCAGGAUCUCUUUUAUUGACUUGGCUGGCAGUGAAAGAGCAGCAGAUGCCAGAGACUCAGAUAGACAAACAAAGAUGGAAGGUGCAGAAAUAAACCAGAGUCUUCUGGCUCUGAAGGAAUGUAUCAGAGCAUUGGAUCAGGAACACACCCACACUCCCUUCAGGCAAAGCAAAUUAACUCAGGUCCUAAAGGACUCUUUCAUUGGCAAUGCCAAAACCUGCAUGAUUGCCAACAUCUCACCAAGCCACGUGGCCACUGAACACACUCUGAAUACCUUGCGCUAUGCUGACAGGGUCAAAGAACUAAAGAAAGGCAUUAAGUGUAGCACUUCAGCUACCAGUCGAAAUAGGACAUCUGGAAACUCUUCUCCGAAACAAAUUCAGACCCCCGCUGUGGUCCCACCAGACAAGUGCUCUCCAAAACGAGUCAAGCUGGGGCUUCAGCAGUCGCUCACCAUGGCACCUGGCUCCACAAGAGGGAAGGCCCGUCCUCUGGCCAGCCAUCCACCCAACAUCCCUUUUGCAUCUCUACCCAAAGUCCCUGGUAAAAGGCGUGGCUCCAGAGGGAGUUCUCCCCAAGAGUGGGUCCUUCCACCCAGCCCUGUCAAGGGGAGCAUACGGUCUGGACAUUUAACCAAAACAAGAGCAGAAGAGUCAACUCCACUGUACUCUGAGAAAAAUCAAAUUGGCAACAAAACUGCCAGCAGGGGGGAAAGCAGGGCCCCUGGCCCAGAAGGCCUGGUGCAUGGCAAACCACGCUCCAAGUGCAGGAACAUGCCGACCGCGCGGCCAGUGCAGAAGCAGCUUGUGUCACAAGUUGCGCUCUCCUUUGGCAACAUCUGCCACUUAGCAGAGUACGGUCAGGGCAGCUGGGCAGGUAUGCCUGCCAGGCCAGCCUCUGAGGCUUGGACAAGCAUCCCUCCACACCAGCAGGAAAGGGAGGAACAUUUACGCUUUUAUCACCAGCAGUUCCAGCAGCCACCUCUCCUCCAACAGAAGUUACAGCACCAGCCACUGGAAAGGUUUUUAUGCCAGUACAGAACCCUAGAGGGGCGGCUCCAGAGUGAGGCCCCUCCUUCCUCCUGCUCUUAUUCCGAGAACCGUGAUGGAGCCCAAGUUGAGGACCUUGAUGACAGUGAUUUCAGUGAAGAUUCUUUCUCACAUGUGUCCAGUCAGAGGACCACAAAGCAGAGAAACACCCUGGAGACUAAUGAAGGCUCAUUCUUCCUUCAUCAGAGGGAACAAGGUCCUGAUGAGCAGGUGGCUGAAAGGCAGCUGAGUCUGUUUUUCAGCCCUCAGACAGAUGAUAAUGGUCAAAGAGGAAACUGGAUGUUUUCCAGGGACCCCAUGAGCCACAGAAGAGCAGCACUGAAUUAUGGCCACAGCCCAAGUACGGUGCCCUUGGACUGGAGCAAAGAGGAGGACUCCACCUCCUCAGGGUCUUCUCCAAUGGAGAACCUGGCAGAGAAGCCUUACUGCUCACAGGUAGACUUUGUAUGUAGCCAGAAAACAGAUGGCAGCCCAGCCUUUGAUCUCAGACAGGAUGCCUUCAGAAGUGAAGGUCCUGGGCAGGCUGAGGGCAGCUCAUCAUCCCUGGAGGAAGGUGGUUUCACUUUCUCACUAUGCCAAGUUACAGUUCCUGGAUACCCAGGCCAAAGAGACCCAGUCAGCACACCUCUGAGAGAAGUCAGCGAAGAUAGGCUGGCUCUGGCAACCAGAACAAUGAAAAACAAUAACCCUUUCCAAGGAGAAGGCUCUAGAGGGGAACUAGACACGUGUUCCGAAUGUGCUUCUGGACUGAUGGCUCCUCUCACUGUGUCCCUCCUGGAGAACCUAGACCAUGAGUGCUCUCCUCCUUUGGACCAUCUGGCCAAGGAUGAGGCUGCACACAGUCUACUGGCAGUGGGUACAAAGGGGCCAGCUGGGAGCUACACAGGGUCAUCUGGUGAUCAAGAGGCAGUCCUGCCAGUGUCUUUAGCAACUGGGCACCUGUGGCUGUCAUCAUCUCCCCCUGACAACAAGCCUGGUGGUGAUCUUCCAGCUCUGUCCCCAUCACCCAUCCAUCAACACCCAGCUGACAAGCUGCCCAACAGGGAGGCUGACCUGGGGGAGGUCUGCCAGAGCAGAGAGAUUGCACUCUACUCCCAGCAACACGGAGACAGAGCACAGUAUGAUGCCAAUGCUGAGGGGACAGAGCUGGGCAGCUCCCAGAGUUUCCCAGGAAAGCCCUUCCCCAACACACAUAGUGGGGUACCCCACUGUGAGCCUACACUCAUUCCACAAACAGGAAGUAGUGAUGUGGCUGACCAGCCCCGGGCCCAGGACAGAAGGCAUCCAACAGGGCUCUAUCGGCAGGAGCCAGGUGUGCGCACAGACCCUGUCAAGUUGCCCUGCUACAAUGAGGACAUUACAUGGCUCAAAUGCAGGACGAUCCCCAGGUGCUUAGCAAAGCCAGGCUCUCCCCUGGUCCCCAGCUGCUCUCCCAAGACUGCAAGGACACUCCAUCAGCCCACCCUAGGGCAUGCACAGCAGGAGGUCAUCCAAGCACACCAGGAACAGCUGGAUGAAAUGGCGGAGCUGGGCUUCAAGGAGGAGACCCUGAUGAGCCAACUGGUUCCUAAUAAUUUUGAAGAUUUUGUGAUCCAGUUGGAUGAAAUCAUGGUUCUGAAAUCCCAGUGCAUCCAGAGUCUGAGGAGCCAGCUGCAGCUGUACCUUGCCUGCCAUGGGCCACAGCCUACUGCAGCCCCCAAGAAAACAAUGGUGUCUGAGAGCAAGGUCCAGUCUAGGGUGGCAGGGGCAGCUCAGGAGGCUGUGCUGGGCUCUCAGGGACUGGAUGGGCCUCUGCCAGGUCCUCCCUGCAGAUACCAGAACCCAUUCCUCAACCACACAUGGCCUUGGUUGGGCCCCAGCUCCUCUCUCAGGACCAAGCCAGUGUCCCUCAGUUCCCAGCACAGGAGCAUCUGUAAGAAAGGACAGACCCACGCAAAGAACUUAUUAUGCCCCCUCCUUUUUCUUUAGGGCUGGAAGAGAAUUUGUCUUACUCAUUCUUUGUUUGUGGAAACACUUUAAAAAACUUUCUGAAUUUGAGGCUCAGAGGAUGCAGUGGCCAGUGGUAACCUAGCGGUCAGAGAUCACAAUCUGGGAAGGAAACAUGCUCAGCCCACAGGCUUUUCAGCCAAAUUCAGUGCCUUUCUUUAAGACUUGGCCAAAAGCUCAAACAGCGGUGCUAGUGGAGUGGGGGAGUGAGCUCUGCCCCAUCAGCCCUUGGAGAUUGAUUUGGGACAUUAGGUUGGCUUCUGAAAAUGUAAAAUGAAUAAACUUUGACGUGUCUUGAACAGCAGAUAUGGGACAGGCUUUAUGCCUCCAGUUCCCCUCCCUGCCUGCAGUCCAGUACUGACACAGAAGAGGGUGCCCAUGUCAAUCACUGCAUUAUUAUUUAUUCUCUUCCCAUCUAUGCCUUUUGCUGGCCAGUAGCCCUCAUUCUCCUGUGGCAAUUCUUGGUUCCUAAGACUCCUCACCUGCCACACACAUCCCUCAUGGGAAAGUUGAAGAGCUGGAGGAUCUCAGGCCAGUCCAUCUCCUGCCCUCACCUUCACCCAGGAUCUCCCCUUCUCAAGGGUCUGUGUUCAGUAUCUUGGCAUUGAAUGAGGGAAUUUAAGCGGCAGAGAUGGGCAGCUCUGCAACCCGACCACUUUUACAAUCUCUGCCAUACUUGAUCAGACCACCAGAGGGCAACGUCUUUCCAGCUUGGUGCUUCCUGACCCAAAGGUUCUGCAGCCUCUUCUCACAUGGAUCACUGAAAAUUAGAGACCCUCACUCCCGGAUACUAGCACAAGGCCUGUGGGAUGGUAUGAAGUAUAAGAAGAAUAUUUAGGGAUAAAUCUAGUUCUAUAUCAGCUACAAUAGAGCUGGUGAAGCAGUCUGAAGCUACUCCUGCCUAUGUCUCAAGAGCACAUAAAUGUCUGAUUCUGCUCACAGGAAAAGGGAUUUUUUUCCCUCAUUACUGGGAGACUCUCCCAAAAGCCCAGCCUAUCUCACCUCCACAGUCUUUCAGGAAGGCAUAAUCCCUUUGCCCAGAGACAGCAAGGUGACGUUUAAAUAGACCCUUGUCGGGGCUUGCCUCUGCCAACCACAAACCUGGGCAGACUGG